CGGACGUGUUUCGUGGUUAAGGCCCGGCGCGGCUCGAUAGAUCGAACCCUUUUUUUUUUUGUUUUUCGGGUCCUACGGAUUUAUGAGUGGUGUAUGUGUAAGCCUGUGUGUGUGUGUGUGUUUGUGUGUGUGUUCCGUGUGUUAGUGUCCAGUAGUGGUUACUAGCGGUAGUGCCAGUUGUGGGUGCCUCGCGAUCAACCCUCGACCACCUACAAUCUACGACGCAGCCGCAACACGAUGGAGCAGCUGUCGCUGUGCUGGAACAACUUCAAAGAGAACCUGGCCGAAGGAUUCCAGUCGCUGCGCGAAAAGGGUGAACUGUUCGACGUGACGAUUGCGUGCGAUGGCCGCCAGUUCCAGGCGCACAGUACGGUGUUGGCCGUGUGCAGUACCUACUUCCGGGAGAUACUCGUGGAAAACCCGGCGCGACCGUCAAUCAUUAUACUGAAGGAUAUCUCCGGGCACCUGAUGGAGUUGCUGCUACGCUUCAUGUACAACGGGACGGUGAUCGUGGACAAUGCUGAGCUGGAGGCGCUGAUGAAGCACGCUGAGCAUCUGCGCAUCAAGGGGUUAACACAACGGGUCCGGUCGGGUGCCCCGAGCCCCGUACCAUCCGGCUCGGCACGUCUUGGGCACAGUGACAGUAGCGGUGGUCCCAACAAUGGCCACCUCCAUCAUGGCUCCUCGUCGCCACCACUGUACGGUGGUGCUGCGGCUGGCGGUGCAAGCGCAGGAGCAGGAGGAGGAGGAGGAGGAGGAGGAGGAGGAGGAGGAGGAGGAGGAGGAGUAGGUGGCGGUAGUAGCGCACUGCAUAUCCAGAGCCCAACGCACAGCGAAUCGGAGGAUCACACACCUCAUCUUCAUCAUCAUCAUCAUCAUCAACAUCAUCAUCACGCAUCCGGCCGACUGCUCAAGCGCAAGUGGAACGAGGAUUUGGAGGACGAACUCAACUCGGACACCAGCUCGGACGUGGAGUUCACCAACCAUACCCGCACCGAUCACCAGCAGCAGCAACACCACCACCACCACCACAACAACCAUAACCUCAACCAUCACCAUAACCUCAACUCGGGCAGUGCGGGAGUUGGAUUGGAACCGGGAUCGAGACGCAGCCCGCCCUCGAUGGUGUUCCGGCUGCCGCGAAGUGGCUCGGACCACUCGCUCGGUACGGGUGCAGUCGACUAUACCAGUCCGGGUGGUGCUGGUUCCGUGCAGCAGCAGCAGCAGCAGCAGCAGCAGCAACAGCAGACGCUCUUUCCACACUUUGAGCGCUUCACCGGUAACUUCAUCGCUUCCGUCGCAUCAGCGGCGGCAGCGGCAGCUACGGCGGCUACCACGCCGACAACGACGACCUCGGUAGCCACCGGUAGCGACGACGGAACGGCGACAGCGACGGCGACGGUGGCCACCGGUAAUGGGAACGGUAGUAGCAGCGUUGGUGGUACGGCGCACAACGACUCCACGGACCGUUCGACCGACAGCUUCCCGACCCGAUCGCCCCGGCUCAUGGAUGUACCGGCAGUGGCACCAGGCGAGAAGUGGUUCCAGGGGCGGCUGCAGUUCAUGCUGAGCCAGCGCGGGAAACCGCUGCUGGUGCACGAUGGCCACUCGUUCGGUAUUCAGUACAUACGCAAGGACAAGAAGUACUGGCAGUGCAAUUUGUCGCGAAAGUACAACUGCAAGGCGCGCGUCACCACCACCGAUACUGGCGACAUCAUCGUCACGAACAACGAGCACUGCCACACGGAGAUCCGGCAGCACCUUCGCAAGGACUACAAAACGAUGAAGCUAGCGGCGACGCUCGCCGCCACCCGGGCCUCCUUCGAAGCGACCAACCUGGCGGUCGCCUCCUCUGCUGCCAAUGCCUCCAGUGGGCACGCGACGACAGCGGCAGCAGUGGCAGCAGCGGCAGCGGCGGCAGCAGCAGCAGCGGCGGCCGCCGGCACUCAGCAACCGGCCACCGAACCGGACCAGAUGCUGACACUCAAUCUCAGCAGCCUGUGGCCGAUCAAGCGCGAAACGAACCAGUGCAACGAUUGAGACCCCAGACGCCGCCAAGGAACGCCAUGCGCGCUGACCCAACGGAUGCCAUACGUUAUUGUAUUUUGUUGUACUUCCCUACUACCUUCCCUUCCUUUCCUUACUGCCUCUAGCAUGAGUUUUUAGUUGUUACAAUGUUCUCACAAUUAAGAUCCGCCGUCGCACACCGACGAACGAUCGCGACCCUAUUCCCACCCUACAGCCAAAACAUACUCUCGCUUUGGAAUACUCAUACCCCUGGGUACCACAACUCGUCGACGACGACGACGACGGCAGCAGCACACUAUUAGUGCGAUUUAGUGAAAUAACGAUGCUCAACUACUACUAUUACUGACCUUUAGCAGCAAUGAGGCAACUAAUAAAAUGAUAUUCCGAGCGGCUUUCCUUAAAAACGGGAUCCGCAAUAUUCAGCACCA